UACUAAGAUUCCGCAUAUACUGUUUCUAAGCGCACAUUGUAUGAUUUUAAUUGCAUGAUAGCAUUUAAGCUGCAACGGUAUAUCAUCAUUGGCUUCCCGAAGCUAGCUUCUCUUUUGUUUUAUUAAAUGCCUAGAGGGACAUUCUUUAUUUACACGCCACAGAAGAAUGGUUAUAUUAUUUGUGUGUGAUAAACCCUGAAUUUCACAUCUUGCGUAUACAGCGUGUCUCGCCUCACAUGUUACGGAGACCGUGAUACAAAUUUGCCAUGGAAGACGGCGAUGCAACCUGGCGGCAGACGCGAACACAUUUUGAAGCCCUUGCCAACCCAACUCUCGAAUGUACUUAAAGGUUGUUUAUACAUGCGUGCCAAAACAAGUUCUUAAAGAUAGCAAGGAGUCGGAAGUAGAGCCUGACAAAGCUGAGGACUUAGACGGCGAUAUGAAUGAUCUCUACGACGAUGAGCUGAUCUACAAGGAGUCAGAAGCUAUUCCCAAGCUAUACAGCAAUACAACAACGGCAAGACGCGGUAAUGGCACCAGCUCAGCCGGGUCGGGGUCCAGUGCUAACGUGUCGAGCAACCAGACCAUAAUGAACAGAUCCCAGGUUAUAGAUGGCGAUAAAAGUGGCGUGAAUCCUGUGAUGACACACAGUGCUGACCAGAGUCUGGAAGAGGACCAGGAACGUUUAUAUUUGUAUCUUAUUGUCUUGGGCUCACUGGGAGUGGUUUUCUCUAUAAUCAUUUUCGCAACUAAGCUAGUGCUUCAAAAGCGCGAUCUUACUACUGAUGCGCACUUAAGCUCCUUGGCCAAAGGAAGGGAUAGAGCAAUUGAGGAGACAAUUAUCCAGAGCGGUUUAAACGAUACAAUCUCAGAAAUAGACGCCGACAUUGACAUUAAAACUCCACUGCCCUUACCCAGUGUGUUUAAAAAUGAGAACUACCUGACGUACGCUCCAGCUAGUAGCCUUUACGCUGGUUUGUCCCCCAACCAGUUACCUCCGGUGAGUUGCCCAGGACCUGGCGCCGAGCUUAUGCCAAAUUCAGUUUUAAUGGCGGGUCGUCAGUCACCUGACCUCAUCGGUGUAGCGCAGGGACCUUUUGUCACCACGAGUGUUGGCAGUGCAGGCGGUCAGGGUCCAGUAGCGGGCAUUCUGACCUCAGCUAUUGUGAUUGGAACUAGCGCCCCCAGUAACAGUCCAAUAAGUCCAAUGGUACCCAUUACCUCGCUGGACCCGUAUACGAGUGCGCCUUCAAUCAGUGGUGGGUAUAUCAUUAACCCCGACAGCAUAAGUGUGCAUCAACGGCAGAAGAGCACCCCAACACCGGCGUCCUUGUUGACUAGAAGCUCGCCAGCGCACCAACCGCAACCGCCGCUAGUGAAUGUCAGUUCACAAAAUAAUGUGUCCAUACCUGGUCAGGGCACAUCGACAUUGCGACGGGCAAAGCCAA